AUGAUAUUAGAGCAGAUUUUAAAAGUUGAUCUUCAGAUUUUGGUGGUAUCAGAGUACAGUAUGAUAAGUUCCGAGCCUUGUGCAUUUGUGGGACCCUCUCACGAGUGCACGGCGUCUGCCACGUCCUCGGAUUUGGGUUCUGGGGCGUGACAGAUUUAGUGGUAUCAGAGCUUAGGUUGGAAUUAAGAGCUUAAGUUUAAAUUAAGAGCUUAGGAUUAAACUAAGCACCUCCAGAUUGAGUGGCAUUAGAGCAGAUUGAGUGAUAUCCGAGCCUAGGUUUAAUUGAAUACCUAGGAUUUGUUUUGGACUUGGCUAGCUAGUGGAUUUUAGAACCGUGGUGAGACGAGUGAUGGGGUAUAUAAGGAACGAUUCUGAUUCGUGUUGCCUGAAUAUUCUAAUCCAUUCUGAUGAGAUGGAUAUCUGAUUGUUCUUGUUUCCUGCCUUUAUAUACCCUGUGUAGAUCCAUGAGAUAAAUCUUGUCCGCCAUGUUCUUGAGACCUUGUUUUGAACUUGGUCAUUUUCUGAUUGUCCGCACUUGUUUAGGCUUGUUACGUGAAUAGAAUUUGUGUGCUCUUUUGCCACCAUUGUGAAAUCUGGGGAGUUGCAGAGACUUUUGUUAUUGAUCCUGUUAGUCUCUACAGCAUAACUGGUGGAGAAUUUGUUCUGUUUGUCACAUGACUAGUGGAGGAUGGGUAAACCCUCUACUUUGUAAGAGAUUCCAGGCUAUUUUAGCAAAUGUUGUGUGUUUUCUAGCUGCGUUUUAGGAGCUGGAUUACUUGUUAAUUCCGUUGCUCCUUAUCUUUCUGAAAGUCUUAUAGUGAGGUUUCACUUUUUCCCACUUGAAGCUUUAUGGUCUUUUCAUGUGGCUCAUUUGUCUGUAUUGGUUAAUCAAGAGCAGUGAGUAUU